AUGAUAAAUUUAUCAUAUGAAAGCGAUCAUAAAAUUGGAUGCCAAAGAAUAUCAUGUUCAUAAAUGCCUAAAUCUUUAUAGUCUCCAUCAGAUCUUAAACCCCCUACUAUUAAUUCAUCUCUUUUUAGUAAUGUAAAUCCUUACUCUGAUCCUGUAUAAUCUAAUUUUAUUAUUAGAGCAUUCAUAGAUAAAUUGAUCCUUUAAGACCAAAUCAAAUCUUAAAUGCAGAAACUCCUGAACAUAGACUUAUUGAUGAAACUGAAACUAAAAGAAUGAAAAAAAGCAAUUUUAAUAAGUUUAAAAAGUUUGUAUUUUCAUCACCUUUUAUAAAUAAAGACAUUUUGGAUAAAAAAAUUAUACAUAAAUUUAUCACACUUCUCAAACAAAAAGCAUAUAUUUAUAAUGACUACUUUUUUAAUUCAUUAUAAAAACAGAUUUUAACUGAAAAAUAUGUCAUAUCACCAUAUAAUUUAACUGAUAAUCAUAAAAAUCUAAUUAUACUUGACUUUUUAUUUUAUUUUAUAUGGGAUGUACUCACAUUAAUUCUAACAACUAUUUUACUCUUUUGGAUUAUUUAUAAAAUUACAUUUCAUACUACAAACCAAUAAUUAACAUAAAUCCUAUUCAUUUUAUUUAUUAUACUUGAUGUAUUUAUUUGUUUAAUAUCACCAUAUAUUUCAAAAGGAUACAUUAUACUCAACAAGUUCGAUAUCAUUCGCAAUCAAAUCACCUGCAAUUUAAUAGUCAAUUUAAUAUAUUCAGUCACAACUAUUCUUUUACUCUUAUUAAAUAAUAAUAGUGAAAUUUUACUCAUUUUAUACGCUUUUUAAUUUAUUUCAUCAUUACCUAAAUUAAGUUCAACAAUUCAUAAGUUAUCAGAUUAUACCUCUUUAAAUUUGUAACUCAUCAUAAACAUAACUUAAUUAUUAUAUUUAAUUCAUCUAAGUUCAUGUAUUUGGCAUAUUAUAGGGAUGCAUGAUGAAAAUUCAUGGAUCUAUCAAAAUCAUUUAGAAGAAUCAGAUAAUAUGACAAGAUAUUGUCAUUCAUUCUAUUAUUCAAUAUCAUAAUUAUUUAAUGCAGGAUCUAAUAAUAUAACCUUAACUACUAAUACAGAAUUCAUUUUUUCAAGUGUUUAAAUAUUUCUAUCUGUUUGGAUAUGUAGUUUAAUUCUUUUAUAAUUGAAUUAAAAUUUAAAGCCCUUCUACUAAUAAUAACAUUUAUUAUUGUAAUUAUUUUAAUUAUUUUUAGUAAGGAGAUUGAAGCCAUAAAUGGCUUUCUAAAUAAAAAAAAUGUACCUCUAUUAAUGAAAGCUUAAAUUAGAAAUUAUAUCAAAUACAUGUUUUCAAAUAAAAAGAGUGAUUUUGAGGUAUUUUUAAAAUGGUAAACUUAGAUAAGAUUUAAAAUAUAGUUUAAUCAUUAAGACCUGAUCUAAAAGAAGAUUUAAUAUAAUAAAUGAGAUUGUAAGCUUUGUCUUAUUGCAAAAUAUUAUAAAGGUUUUCAAAAGAUUCUCUUUAAUAAUUAACUAAACAUAUGGAACAUAUUCAUUAUAAUCCAAAUGAAAUAGUUUCUUUAUAAGAUUAAUCUUUAUAUUUGAUUGAUACUGGGGAAAUUGAAGUUUAAGAAUAUGAUUAGAGAUUGCAUACUUUAAAAUUCGGAGAUUCUUUUGGAGAAGUUGCUUUUUUCUCAGGAAUUUAAAAUAAAACUGUUUAUAAAACCUAAGAGUUUACCUAACUUUAUAGAAUUAAUUAAUGCGAUUUCUUACGUAUCAUUUAAUAAAACAAAGUUGAUCACGAAAGAUUUAUGUACAUAAAACAUUCCAUUUUAUAUGGAUAUUUUAAUAUAAUUAAUUUAAAAUGUUUUUCUUGCAAUUCACAGUCACAUUUAAUUAAUAGUUGUCCACUUUUAAAUUAUAAACCAGAUAUUGAAAAGAUAUUUAAACAUGCUAAUUUUCAUUCUCAAAAUAGAGAUUAAUUUGUAAGAGAUAAAGAUAUUGAUUAAAGAGCUUUUAACAGAACUUUUAAAAGAAUUUUUGUAUAAAAAUAUAUUAAAUAAUAGAUUAAUUUUGAUGCUUUAAAAAUGUUUCGAUUAAAAUAUGAUCUUAUUGAUUAAGAUGAUAUGUAUCCAAAAAGUAAUGAAAUAAUUGAGACUGAAGAUAUUGAAUCUGAUUCAGAUUCAGAUUCAGGAGAAUCUUAUGAAUAAUAUCAAUCUGAUCAAAUUCUAUCUGAUAAUAGAUUUAUUGAUAAAUAAGAUGGGUAUUUAUUUAAAUAAAACUUAGUACAAUUGUUAGUAUAAUUAAAUAAUAAGAUUAAUUGAGGGAUAACUCUAAAAUAUUAUUAGAAGUUGAUGAUAAUAUUGAGGAAAUGUUUAUUAUUAGACCAAAUAAUUAAAAAACAACAGUAAGUACUGCUUAAUUUUAAUAUGAAUAAUAAUAAUAGUUUUAGUCAUAAUAAUAAUAAUAAUAGUAAUAAUAACAAUAAUAACAAUAAAAUCAAUAAUAAUAUAGAUUUUCAUUGAUGCCAAUAGAUCCUAAGUUAAGAAAACAAUCUUCUUCAUAAUUAGAAUAAUUAUCAUCUUAAAAUAUAGCAACAGAAGGAUAAAUUCCAACAGUGAAAGGAUCAAAAAAUAAUUCUUAAAUAGCAUCUAAAGGUGAAUCUAAUGAUAAAUUAAAAUUUGGAUCAUAAAAGAAAAUAUCAAGUUAUAUUAGUGUUGAAAAUAAGAUGAAAAAGAAUUUAUCAAGAAUAAGAGAAGAAGAUUCUGAUACUUUAAAUUUAUCUAAUCGUUAUAACUCAGAUGAACAACAAAGUUCUUAAAAUAUGAGAUAUUUUUAUAGAUAAAGUCAUAAUUCAUUGCCAUCUAGAAAUACAUAAUUGAGACCAUCUAUGAAAAGAAUAUCAUCAAAAAUAUCAUCUAUAAAUUUAAUAACUGGGACAAGAACUUAUAAUAAAACCAGCAAUCCUUUUACAAGAUCAUUUGGAAAUUUUCCUACAAAUAUAGGAAUGGUAGAUUUGAGUAUGUACAAAAGAGAUGAUUUAAAACCUGAAGAUUUUGAGACAAUGUUUCUUUAUAAAAUUUAUUUUCCUUUAGGAAAUUAUCCAAAUAUAAUAAAGAGACUUAAUUAUUAUUUAAAAUGGAGAUUAUAAGAAUUUGUUUAAUCAAAAUAUACUUUUCAAUAUAAAGUGAAAUAAUUAACUUAAAAACAUAGUUUGUUAUAGAUGAUGAAUCCAGAUUUGAUAAAUAUAAAAAGUUAGUCUAAAACAAUAUUAGAAUCAUGA